CGGUGAGAGAUGGCCUCCCGGGAGGCCCCGCCGCCCACCAGCUACGCCCCGUCCGAUGUGCCCUCGGGGGUUGCUCUGUUCUUCUCCAUCCCUUUUGCCUUCUUCCUGCCUGAGGUGAUAUUUGGGUGCUGGGUCUGGAUCCUGGUAGCCGCCACCCACGUAGCAAACCCGUUGCUGCAAGGAUGGGUGUUAUACGUCUCGCUCACCUCAUUCCUCAUCUCCCUGAUGUUCCUGCUGUCUUACUUGUUUGGAUUUUACAAAAAAUAUGACUCCUGGAGAAUCCUGGACAGCCUGUACCACGGGACCACCAGCAUCCUGUACAUGAGUGCCGCUGUCUUGCAAGCCCACGCGACCAUAGUUUCUGAGGUCCAGGACGUUUCCAAAUACUACGUGAAUGCCGCAGCCUCGCUCUUUGCCUUCGUCACCACCCUGUUCUAUAUUCUUCACGCCUUCAGCAUCUAUUACCACUGAGAAUCAGGACGCCACACUGGAGCGGGCAGUGCUCUUAAAAACCUGGAGUAUUGGACCCGAAAAUUAGUUUUCAAUCUUUGCCAUCUGGAUGAUAAACAGAAAAUCAACUAAAACACCAGCAGGACCAACAGACCAUCUUGUCAGACUGAGCGAUAAGACUACACUGUGGCAUAUCUGUUUGGACUUUUAAUUCAUUGUGUAGAACAUGAAAAGGCUGUUAUUUUCUUUUACCUGCCUCUUGGAAUUACAUGACAAGGAACAUAACUCUAGAAAACUAAUAUCUAAGGCACUCAGCUCCACUUCUGUCACACCUGUUUGGGGAUCCUGUCUCAGCGGUGGGGUUCCCUCCCUGUCGGUUUAGGGGAACAUUGGGCCAUGGAUGGUUCAGGUCUAAUGCUGGUCCACAGACCUUGUUCCUGCUCCAUGGUUCAGCAUCUGCUGUGGGCCAGUGGUCCAAAUCGGCUCUCCCGCCACCCCCACAACACCACCAGGGAAGCCAACAAGGACAAGCCAUACUGCCCACCACCCUUCCCUUCCCCUUCCUUUCCCUUCCAGCAUUGGGAUCCAAGAACUAUCUGCUCAAAGUCAACCUUGAGGGUAGUUUUGUGGGGAAA